UUCCAAUAUGGCGGCUCCCACGUAAGUCUGCCAACAGGGCACUGCCAUACUCUCUCAUAGUGCCUUUGUCUAAAAUACCGAGAGCUGAACGGAAUCCUAGUCUGUGGAAGGACGCCCCCGGGGUGAUGGUUGGCUGCCUGUUGACUCGGAUGCCACACACGUUAAACCUGAUCUCGUGAGGUGGAACAGCGUUUGUGAGUCUGAAGCCCAAGUGAUGGACCGUGGCUCUUUCUACCCACCCAACUGGUGCGCGAAGGGGUUACUGUCAUUCAAGGAUGUGGCUGUGGUUUUCACAUGGGAGGAGUGGCAGCUACUGGACCCUGUUCAGAAGAACCUGUAUCAAGAUGUGAUGUUGGAAAAUUAUAGCAACCUAGUAUCAGUGGGGUAUCAAGUUACCAAAGCAGAUGCAUUCUACCAGUUGGAACAUGGAACACCAUGGAUAACAGAGGAAGAAAUCCAGAGUCAGAUUCAUCCAGAUGACAUCUGGCAUGUUGAUUGUCAUACAGACUGGCACCAAGAAAACAAAGGCAAUCUUGAAACUAUGGAGAAUCACCACAAAAACACUGCAUUUAGAAAAAUACUGUCUCUAAGCUUAAACUUCAAUGUCCCUUUAGCACAAAGAUCCCAUACAUUUGACAUACUUGAGAAACAUUUGAAACCUAAUGUAGAGUACAUUAUUCAGAAUAACAGCUAUGUAAGAAACGAAGUAGAGUUUAAUGGAUUUGACAAAGCAUUUCUUUAUACUAAGCAUGAGAAAAUUCAUACUGGAGAAAAAUCCAAUGAAUAUAAUGAACAUUUAAAGCCUUCCAUCCACAAAUCAUGGCUUACUAAACAUUGGAAAACUCAAACAGGAGAGAAACAGUAUAACUGCAGUGACUGCAGGAGAGCCUUUUCCCGGAAGUCAGACCUCAUUAAGCAGCAAACACACACAGGGGAGAAACCCUGUGGUUGCAGUAGAUGUGAGAAAGCCUUUAGCCAGAAAUUGCAUCUCAUUUUACACCAGAGAACCCAUACAGGAGAGAAACCUUAUGAAUGCAAUAAAUGUGAGAAAGCUUUUACUGAUAAGUCAUGCCUUAUUAAACAUCAGAGAACUCACACAGGAGAAAAACGGUUUGAAUGUCGUGUAUGUCAGAAAAGCUUCAUCGAUAAGUCACAACUCACUUCCCAUCAAAGAAUUCAUACAGGAGACAAGCCCUACAGAUGUGGUGAGUGUGAGAAAAGCUUCAUCAACAAGUCACAGCUCAUUAUUCAUCAGCGAUGUCACACAGGAGAGAAACCCUAUGGUUGUGAUGAAUGUGGGAAAAAUUUCCCCCUUAUUAGCCUCAUUUUACAUCAAAAAACUCAUACAGGGUAAAAACCUUAUGAAUGCAAUGAAUGUGGAAAAGCCUUCAUCCAGAGAUCUGAGCUCAUUAGACACCAGAGAACUCACACUGGAGAGAAACCAUAUCAUUGCAGUGAAUGUGGGAAAGGCUUUAGUGUAAAGUCACUCCUCAAUACUCACUGGAGAACUCAUACAGGAGAGAAACCCUAUGGGUGCAGUGAAUGUGGAAAAAUAUUCUCCAUCAAGUUUAGUCUCAUCCUACACCAAAGAACACAUACAGGUGAGAAACCCUAUGAAUGCAGUCAGUGUCAGAAAGCUUUCACUCAAAAGUCUCACCUCACUAUUCAUCAGAGGUCUCACACUGGAGAGAAACCUUAUGAAUGCAGUGAAUGCCACAAAGCCUUCAGCAGGAAGUCCUAUUUCCUUAUUCAUCAGAGAAUUCACUCAGGAGAGAAACCUUAUGAAUGCCUCCAGUGUGGGAAAACUUUCUCUCACAAGUUUAGCCUUAUUAUUCACCAGAGAAUCCAUACAGGAGAGAAACCCUACAGUUGCAGUGAAUGUGGGAAAACUUCUAUUAAGUUUAGCCUCGUUUUGCAUCAGAAGACACAUACAGGAGAGAAGCCCCAUGAAUGCAGUGAAUGUCAGAAAUCUUUCACUCAGAAAUCACAUCUUAGUAUACAUCGAAGAACUCAUACAGUGGAGAAACCUUAUGGAUGCAAUGAGUGUUGGAAAACUUUCUCCCACAAAUUCAGCCUCAUUUUACAUCAGAAAACUCAUAGAGGAGAGAAAUCAUGAAGUAAAUAUCCAAAAGUUGUCAUUGAAAGUAAAUAGCUGAUUACACCAGAGUUUACAUAGGAAUGAAAUCUUAAGACCACAGAUGUGGACACACUUUUUUUUUUUUCCCCAGACUCACACCUUACAAGAGUAUGGUACUGGGUAGAAUGCCAGACAGGAGGAAAUACCUUCAUGCAUAUAUGUCAAUUGAAUGUAGCCAGAAAGAAAAUAGGAGGGAACAUCUGUGUGUGUCUAUAUUGAUUGUGAGGAUGUUGUUGGCAUGAAAUCCAGCCACACUGGUAUCAGAAUUGACGCUGAUGAAAAAAUUCUAUAAUGAGUCUGAGGUAUCUUUUUUGGUUAUCAUUUUACAAGGGAUGUCAUUUCCUGGAAUUGUGACAUAUUAAGCAGCAUUAUGGAAUAUUUUAAGUAUGUAAAUAAAUACAUUUGUCAGAAAACAAAGCAAAAAUUAUAUCAGAACUAUGAGAAUAUGUGUUUUACAUCUAUUUUUAUUAUUAAAAUGAUUGUUCAUAAUUGGGAAUUGAAUGUGUUAGCAAAACAACGUGACUCCUUAGUGCAUGUACUUAAAUGUACACAAAACUUGCUAAUAGAAUAUCUGCAUUGAAUCUUGAUAUCAUUACAGUGCUACAUAAGUUGUAAUUGUAAUUGAACUACAUGGUUCAUUAUUUUAACAAGACAUCUUAAUAAAAUACUGAAUAUCCCCUCCCUUGCCACUGCACUGUUUCCUGGUA